AUGCCUUUUCCUCAGCGUUUCACUGGGGAAAGCAUCAUCACCUGGAAUAACCUUGAUAUCACUAUCUCUAUACCAUGGUACAUUGGCCUCAUGUUUAGAACUCGGAAGGUUAAUGGUGUGUUAAUGCAAGCCAAUGCAGGGGUAUCAUCUAAGAUUAAUAUACAGAUAUUGAAUAAAUAUGUGGUAUUUGAGGUCUAUGAUGGGCUGAAUCAGGUGGCCAGUUUAAGGAUGACCCAGGCACGGAUCAGUGAUGGUGAAUGGCAUCAUUUGCUAAUAGAGUUGAAGAGUUCGAAAGAUGGCAAAGACAUCAAGUACCUGGCAGUUGUGUCUUUGGAUUAUGGCAUGUAUCAGAACACUGUACAGAUUGGAAAUCAGUUGCCUGGAAUGAAAAUAAAAAGCAUUAUUGUGGGAGGUGUCUCUGGAGAUCUAGUCUCUGUGCAGCAGGGCUUCUAUGGCUGUCUACAGGGAGUGAGAAUGGGGGAAACAUCUACAAAUGUUGCUACAUUGAACAUGAAACAGGCAGUCAAGAUUAAUGUCAAGGAUGGCUGUGAAGUAGACAAUCCUUGUGAUUCUAACCCUUGUCCGCAUCACAGCUAUUGUAGUGAUGACUGGGACAGCUAUUCAUGUGUCUGUGAUCCAGGGUACUUUGGGACAGAGUGUGUUGAUGUUUGUAGCCUGAACCCAUGUGAACAUGUCUCUACUUGUAUCCAUAAACCAAGCUCUUCCCAUGGAUACACUUGUGAAUGUGGACAAAGCUAUUAUGGACAGUACUGUGAAAGCAAAAUUGAUUUACCCUGUCCCAGAGGUUGGUGGGGAAAUCCUAUCUGUGGGCCAUGUAAUUGUGAGGUCAGUAAAGGAUUUGAUCCUGACUGCAAUAAGACAAAUGGGGCAUGUCGAUGUAAGAUAAACUAUUACCGACCACAGAACAGUGACUCCUGUUACCCGUGUGACUGUUUCCCUUCUGGUUCCCAUACUCGCACUUGUGACAUGGAAACUGGACAAUGUCCCUGUAAAUCAGGAGUGAUUGGACGACAGUGCAAUCGCUGUGAUAAUCCCUUUGCUGAAGUUACACUUCAUGGCUGUGAAGUGGUUUACAACGGAUGUCCCAAAGCAUUUGAGGCUGGUAUUUGGUGGCCACAAACCAAGUUUGGACAGCCUGCUGCUGUUCCCUGUCCUAAGGGAUCAGUGGGAAAUGCUGUCCGGCAUUGUAGCAGUGAGAAAGGCUGGCUUUCCCCUGAACUUUUUAACUGUACUACCCUUGACUUUGUGACUCUUAAAAUCAUGAAUGAGAAGUUUCUCCAUAAUGAGACAAAAAUGGAUGGUGAUAAGUCAGUGCAGAUAGCUAAAGUGCUUCAAAACGCCACAAACCACACAAGUUCCUUCUAUGGAAAUGAUGUGCGGACAGCCUACCAGAUGAUGAUCAGGGUGUUGCAGUAUGAGAGCCAGCAGCAGGGGUUUGAUUUGGCUGCAACAAGGGAUGUGGAAUUUAAUGAGAAUAUCAUAAAAACAGGUAGUGCCUUACUAGAUCCUCGCACUAAAGAUCAUUGGGAACAAAUCCAGAGGACAGAAGGAGGUACAGCUCACUUGCUGAAAUACUAUGAAGAUUAUUUUCAUAAUCUGGCAAAAAACAUGGAAAGAACCUACAUGAAGCCUUUUGUUAUCAUUGCUGCAAACAUGAUUAUUGCUGUUGACAUAUUUGAAAAGUCUAAUUUUACGGGAGCUAGAGUACCACAUUUUAGUGCAAUCAAAGAAGAUUAUCCGAAAGAUUUGGAAUCAUCUGUUUUGUUUCCUGAAACGUUGCUCAAAACAUCUAUCAGAAAAGUGGUUCCUACAACAAAGCCUUCAAACUAUGGAAUUUUGUCCGAGAUGGAGGAUGAGAUUGUAAAGAACAAAAACAUACAUGCCAAAAGAAAGCGCCAGCAUCCACAGGAUUCCAGCCAGCAUGCUGUUGGCAUGGUGAUUGUAUAUCGAACCCUGGGACACUUUCUACCUGAGAACUAUGAUCCAGACCGAAGGAGUUUAAGGUUACCCAACCGGCCCAUCAUUAAUACUCCAGUAAUCAGUGUAAUCAUUUAUAGAGAUGGAAAGUCUUUGCCCAAUUUACUGGACAGCCCAAUUAUGAUUGAGCAUGUUAUGCUGAAAACGGAGGAAAGAACAAAGCCUGUUUGUGUGUUCUGGAACCAUUCAAUUGCAACUAGAGAAGUAGGAGGCUGGUCUUCAAAAGGAUGUGAGCUGUUAUCUCGGCACCAGAACCGUAUUACUUGCCAGUGUAACCACAUGACCAGUUUUGCAGUCCUAAUGGAUAUUUCAAAACGUGAAAAUGGUGAAGUACUUCCUCUCAAGAUCAUCACUUACACAACAGUCUCCAUCUCACUGGUAGCUUUGUUGCUGACCUUUAUACUUUUGGUCUUGAUCCGAACAUUGCGGUCCAACUUGCACAGCAUUCACAAAAACUUGGUAGCUGCUCUGUUCUGCUCAGAGUUAGUCUUCCUGAUCGGAAUCAACCAGAUGGAAAAUCCAUUCGUGUGCACCGUAAUAGCCAUUCUUUUGCACUACUUCUACAUGAGCACAUUUGCUUGGAUGUUUGUUGAGCAGCUUCAUAUCUACCGUAUGCUGACCGAAGUGAGAAACAUCAAUUUUGGGCACAUGAGGUUCUAUUACGUUAUGGGUUGGGGGAUUCCUGCCAUUAUAACAGGUCUUGCUGUUGGUUUAGAUCCCCAGGGAUACGGGAACCAAGAUUUCUGUUGGCUCUCUGUUUAUGACACCCUGAUUUGGAGCUUUGCUGGUCCCAUUGUAAUAGUUGUGGCUAUCAACAUUGUAAUCUUCAUCUUAGCAGUGAAAGCAUCAUGCAAACGAAGGCAGCGUUCAUUGGAGAAAACUGGUAUCAUCUCUGUACUGAGGACUGCCUUCCUCCUCCUCCUGUUGGUCAGUGCGACUUGGUUACUGGGUCUGAUGGCAGUAAAUAGUGACAUAAUGACCUUUCACUACUUGUUUGCUAUCUUUAGCUGUUUACAGGGCCUGUUCAUCUUUUUCUUCCACUGUAUAUUCAAUAAGGAAGUGAGGAAGCAUUUGAAGAAUACGUUCACUGGAAAGAAGUCAUUUCCAGAUGACUCCACAACAACCAGAGCUACCCUGUUAACUCGGUCUCUGAAUUGCAACGAUACGUAUAUUGAAGAACCAAAUAUGUAUCGAACCACAAUUGGGGAAUCCACAGUCUCCCUAGAAAGCACCGUCAGAGAUGAAGCAGCCCAGAAGCUCAGUAUAUCAAGUCAAGCAAGAGCUGGUAAUAAUACUGAAGGAGAUUCCUCCAUCUUCCAAAGGAAGCCAUCAAAAUCCAAUGAGAGCGAUUCUGAUUCUGACAGUGAACUGUCCCUUGAUGAACACAGCAGUUCGUAUGCCUCCUCUCACUCUUCAGAGAGUGAGGAAGAUGUGAUAGACGUGGAGAAGAAAUGGAACACUGGCACUUUGAAAAACAAUGAGCGGAUCCCGGUCCACAGCACUCCCAAAGCUGAUACUGUGCCCAACCAUGUGAAACCCUAUUGGCCAUCUGAGGGCAUCGAUGCGAGUGAUGAGGAGGAGCCAAAUGCAAAACAAAAACUGAAGGUGGAAACCAAGGUUAAUGUGGAACUUCAUCAGGAAAAUCAAGUGAAUCACAGCAGUGAAAUACCUCAGGAAAAAGAGGAAGAUGGACAGCAAAAGGAGAAUAAACCACUCACUCAUCAAAACCACCAGCCACCAGAACAUAGGAAAGGCAUACUGAAAAAUAAGAUCACCUACCCUCCUCCAUUAGUGGACAAAAAUAUGAAGAAUCGACUACGGGAGAAAAUGUCAGACUAUAAUCAAACGGCAAUCUCACCUCGAACAACUUCCAUUGGGACUAACAAUGGUGUUCGCUCCACUUCAGACUCGGGGGUAACAAUAAAAAACCCAAGAAGAGAACAUUCUCCAGAACAGAUAAAUGGUUUAGCCAUGAAUGUCCACAUGGGAACAAUAACGGCUGAGAAUAACUCGGAUUCUGAAGGCAGUAAUGAAACUUCAAUUUGAAUCAUCAGGAAAUUGUGAAGACCCUUUUACCUUGGAGAAUUACUCUACUGUACAUCACUUCCUUGGCAUCACUCGAGUCUGCAUUUGCUCACCGUGGAGUGAGGGUGCCAAGACUGUCACUUCUGGAAAUCUGCACCUACUUGUGGCAAUUCCACAGUUUCCUGUGAGUUGCUCACUAAAGCUACAGUUAUAGUCCCUUCAAGUACUCGCCUGACUGCAUCCAUUGUGCCAUAUGGAGACCAGCAAAUGGAAUUCGCCACUGCAAAAGAAUGCCUUUGAAAAGUGGUCUGAGCCAUAGCAGUGCUGCAAGGGGUGUUGGGCAGGGCAGUCUGUCUGACAAGAGACUUACUUUUGAGGAAUAAAUCGUCAAUAACAUGAACGAUGUAUCAUCAGGCCCCCAUCUGAUUUUAUGCUGGGGUUUUGCUCUGUUUCAGCAGGAUUGCAGAAUUCAGGAGGAAGAGGUAUCCCAUCAAGUGUCCUUUCAUUUCUUCUCCAGUUUCUAUCCCAGCAUGCGGUGGAUACCUUGCCUUAAAAUACCAUUGUUUUAUAUAAAUAUAUAUAAAUAAAUCUAUAUAUAUAUCUAUAUAUAUAUAUAUAGCUGUAGAUAAUUUUAUAUAUUUUGUAUGGCAAUUCUUUUGUACAUUUCAUAUAUUUACUGUUUUUUCUCAGAUUUGAUAGCAGGAGAGCAAUUGCGAAAGAACUUUGAUAUUUUUUAUAUUAAAAAAGAAUUGCACGAGUUUACUUGAAUUUGGCAUUUGAGCAGAGAGGGAAAGGGAGAGGAAUCUCAGCUUGAUCUGUGAGUCUUUUUAAAAAAGCCUGACAUGUUAAGGUGUUAAAUUCAUUCAUUCAUCAUAUGAACCUGAAAUAUUUUAAUGGCUGCAGUGUGUACUUUUAUGGUCUCAAGACAAUAUUUGCGCAUGUGUUCAUAGGCUCACUGGAUUCCUUCAUUGCAUUAAGUUACAAUAGGUGGGUUGUUUAUUUGUGCCUUAGUGUGUCAUGUGGAGCCAGUUGUGGCUUGUAAGCCAUUGCAUAUAGCUUGGCAUCUGUGUGAAACAGCCAGUUGUGAUUAAGCAUGCCAUGGCUUGGCACAGUGUAUGAAUCCAUCCUCAUAAAUCUACCUGUGGUAGAUUUCUAAGGCAGUCUGGUCCUCUUUCUAUUCUUCAGGAUAUUUAGAUUCUCCACCACCCCCUUGGUGGAAUUCAUAGCCUAUCUUCAGCAUUGUUUUGAGAUUGCUAUAAUUUUUUAAUAGUAUCAUCUAAUUCUGCUGAAAUUUAUUUAACUUUUGAAGCUUGUUCCUCCUUCAUCUUACUCUUUUAAAAGUUAAAAUUACACUUUGUUUCCAUACUUCACUCUUUAGAAAAAGUCUAAGAAUAUUCUAAUUUCUCCAUCUCUUAGCAAAUGUUCAGAAAUUUUUAAAAUACAUGAAACAUCUUACAGGUCAGGUGAACUAAAUAUUUUUACAGCAUUGUGUUCAAAACAGUUUGAAGAAAGAAAGGAACAGCUUUGUCAGUUUUUCAAUUUUUGUGGUAUUUAUAAAUUAGAGAAAACAUCUGUUGUGAAAUGUUUCAGCUAUGAUUAGACUCACAAUUAAUUCUUCUCAAUCAACUGGGUAAAAUACACUGAAGAAUUUAAUUAAUGCAAGCCACUUUAGAUUUAAUCAAACUACUACUAGAAAGCCCAUAUGUAAGCAAAAAAGAUGAUAUAAGACAGGAAAUCUCUAGGCCAGGAAUCCUCAGAUUACAACCCCCUAAAUUGAUGGGACCCCUCUCCCAUGAGUAAAAUUAAUAAUUUCACUGAGGUUAGCAUUGGACAAGAAAUAUACCACUUUUAAUCAUUUAUUUUUAAUCUGCAUCUCACAGGAAUUCUCAAACUUUUGGUACUCCAACUAUCCCCUGGGGUUUGCAUGGGCAAAGUGAGAAGUUUUGACAGCACUCCCAGGGGUGAUCAGUUUGUUUCUUUGUUUUUAAUUGUAAAACCCCUUCCCUGGAUUCCUUUUUUUAAUAUAUAAUUUUAUUGAAAGUUUUUUUUAAAAAAAUUAAUACAAACUAAUAAGAAAAAAAAAAGAAAGAAAAAGCUGAAAGUGCAAGGAAGGAAAAAAAGAAAAAAAGAAAAAAAAGAUACAAUGAAGUAGCUUCUGAUCUUCUUUUAUAGCAGUUAUAAUUAUCUCUUUCUCUAAAGUUACAACAUGUCUCUCUUCUUUCUAUAAUCUAUCCUGUCUAAUCAUCAAAACCACAAAUCAUAAGUUCAUUUUUUUCUAUUUUCCACAAAAAGCCCAUAAGGGGUUUCCAGUGAGCAAUAAAUGUAGAUACUGUCUUUUCCCUUCCCUGGAUUCCUGACCUACAGCUUGAGAACUGCUCUAGUCCAAACUUUGCCUUAGCUGUGAAUUUGCUAGUGGCCCCAGUUGGCUGUUAUCUCUGAGCCAAAGUGCCUUUUUCUCAUAACUGGAAUAAGAGUCAUCAAUAAGAGUUGUGAUGAUCAAAUUAAUAAUUUACAUAAGGUAUAAACUUUUACCAGAAGUAACUAUAUAAGUGUUCAAUAUGUACUUCCGAACUCAUUUUCAUCAGGGGAAAAAUGUUUGGAUGCUCAGGAAAGUUCCAUAAUCUUUUUCUUUUUGAGAAGUCUAUAAUCUACUAUUAAUUUAGAUUUAUAGAUUCAGAAUUUGAUCUGAAGAAGGCUACUCUCCCUUGAUGAGAAGGACUUCUGCAGAAAAAAUGAACCCAAAAAUGCCUUUAAAUCAGGGUCUCUAUGAAUUUUGUUUGCUAGAAGUUUUAUUAAUGAGAGGAUGGGGUGGGAGGCAGAAUUUUACACAUUCAAGUUGAAUUAAAGUUUAAUAAUUUGGUCCAUUGACUUCCCUGUCCUAUCAGAGGGCAAUGUUUAGGAGAAAUUCCCCCUGAAUUGUGCAUAAUAUGAAAGCAUUUACAUCAAUCAUUUCCAGUUUCACUUGUGAUCUACCUUAUACUUAGUAUUACUUCUAACUGCAGAAACACAUUCUCUUCAAUUGUGUCAUUUUGUAGAAGAAAGGCUGUGUUAGUCUACGGUAGCAAAAAAUCAGGAGUCGUCUGAUAGCACCUUUUCCGACUAACAAAGCCAUUCACAAAAGCUUAUGCCUUUAAUAAAAUGUGUUAGUUGAUGCUACCAGACUCCUCCUUCAUUGUGUGAAUGUGUAAGAAAAUAAACAGAUGCACAUCAAAUGUGAUUGAAUUAAUGAACCUGCACAAAAUCUAAAAUAUUUCUUAACGUAAGUUUUGAAUCACCAGAUGACUUAUUUUGCUAAGAAAAGGAUACAACUUAUAUUGAUUCAAAUCAAAACUGAGCUUUUGAAUUCCUAUAAUUCGUGAGUUUAAAUGCUUCAGUUUGCAGUUAAACAUCUUUUGUAUUAUCAAGCAGCAUAACUUAAAAUACUUCGAUGAUGCGCACAUAUGAACACACAUGCACAAUCAUUAUUCAAAACAACCCAAGUGCCCAGAAUUGCCUUGUGAGAAGGACUCUUUCUUAUACUAUACAGCAGUGUUUCUCAACCUUGGAGGCUUGAAGAUGUGUGGACUUCAACUCCCAGAAUUCCACAGCAUGCUGCCUAGGGAAUUCUGGGAGUUGAAGUUCACACAUCCUCAAGUUGCCAAAGUUGAGAAACACUGUUAUAGAGAAUGGUAUUGUUUAGUGGAGAGAAGUACAAAUGUUUUUAUUUUGUACAUGAGCUGUGUUUCAUAUUUAUACUUGUUCUCAGAAUUCAAGCCUUGCCGCUUUGAUUUUUUUUUCUUAUACCGUAAAGCAGAUGUUAACUGAGUGAGCAUGGCCCAACUAAGUUACACACUUUUACAGCCCAUUUUUCAGUGGGAGAAUUAAGAAUUAAUUCUUAAAUCUUUCUCCCUGUGAAUUUUAAAAGUGCAUAAUGUGGAUUGGAGAUUUCGUUAUUCUGUUUUUAAAUAUUACAUAUGCAAACUUUCACUACUUUUUUCAAAUCCAGAUAAAAAUCCCGUAUGUAAUAAGUGUUUGCUAAAUUAUUUUUUUCAUCAACCCUGUUCCCAUGAGGCCUUUUUAGAAGAGGGGAAGAGUCAUGCUCUUUAAAAACUAUGUAUAUUGCUUUCAUGCUGCAUAAAACUUUGAUGUAAAAAAAUUGAAUGUGUGUUUGCCUAUCAUACUUCAAUAUGUGCUAAAUGAUGUUACAUCUAUGUGUAUAUUUUGCCCAAUGAGAUGUAGUUAGUUAUUUUUGAUCAGAACACCAGCUGUGCACUAACCACAGAGGAAAUAAGAACCUAUUUUUUACGAUUUAUGACAGAUUUUAGACACUGGAGAGUUUUUAAAAUGUAUAUUUAUUAAAGUUCAAAACACUGGAAUUUGAGCACAGUUGAGAAAAUGUAACAGUAAAUUAAACUUUUGGAUUUGUUU